GCACAUUAUGUUUUGGAACUAUAAGCUCAAAGUCAUCACUCUCUUUUUCUUGAUGUAUCAUGGCCUCCUCCAAAGCCAAUCCACCGCCGCCGCCGCCCCUUCCCAUCUACUACACUGCCUUGCCACCCCAAGCUGAUGCCCCAAACUACAUCCUUUUACCCGUCCUCCACCGCCCCGAGACAGCUUCCCCACGGCGGCUCCGUACAAUUUGCGCCGCGUCGCUAAUUCUUUUAGCCACUGUAGCCUAUAUACUUUACCCGUCCGAGCCGGACGUCGAUGUUGUGAGGCUCCGGCUGGACCGGGUCCAAUUCCGCACCACCCCACACGUGCUCGUCGACAUAUCCCUGCUCCUCACUAUCAAAGUCCGUAACCCCGACGUCUACUCCAUUGACUAUAGCACGCUCGACGUGGCGGUCGGGUACCGGGGGAAGAUGCUGGGGCAUGUGAAGUCGGAGCACAGCCACAUAAUGGCGCUUGGGUCGUCCUAUGUGGAUGCGGAGCUGGAGUUCGACGGGGUCGAGGUGUUUAGCGAUGUCUUGUUCUUGCUCGAGGACUUGGCCAAGGGCACGGUUCCACUUGACACGGUUACGACGGUCGAAGGGCAAGUCGGGUUGUUCUUCUUUGGCUUCCCUUUGAAAGCCAAAGUAUCAUGCGAGGUCUCAGUGAACACCAACAACCAAACCAUUGGGCGUCAAAGUUGUUACCCUGAGUGACGGAUCGCAUUGCCACAAUGAAUCGGAAUCGGAAGGCUCCAUAUUAUAUCUAGCUUCAAUAUGUACUUAGAUUUCGCAACAGCUCGUAACCGCGAUAUAUACAUAGACGUCGAAUGAACCAUAUGCGUACGAAGCACGUUAGCUUGUACUGGUAUAUGCCUACUUUUCAAACGCAAUCGUGCAUCUGGUUGCACUGAUAAUGAUAUAAGGGUCUGCAAUACUUUAGUUUGUUAUAUAGGGAUUGUAAGAGAACCGACUUUCGCUGAAGAAUCAACCAGAAUACAAGUUUGUUA